AUGUCCCUGGAAGGCCUUGAUAUCACCCAGGAGAGCCUGGAUCGAAUCCUGAAGGAGUACAACGACGAUCUUGUGAACAGGUCCUUGGACAUCAUUGCCCUCGGUAAGAUCAAAUCAGGCAAGAGGAACACACAGGAAGAGUCUGAAAGCUAUGUUUAUGGAAACGUCAUCCGUUUGCUGCCUGGAAACUGCCAAAUCCGCAUCGAUCCAACUACAAACUUCAUCCCUGGCCCUCCUUUCCCUGCCGCACCUGUCUGGGAUGAGAUUAUCGGACCCCAUGAGUUUGUGGGUUUGACUCGCAAGGAAAUCCCACUCGCCACCAAGCGCCACAGAGACACUGCACUCAAGAAGCAUCCAUUAAUUUUACCCAGUCAGAAAGAACUACACCUUCGACCCCAGUUGACCAGACCAUACUUCGACUUCGAUGCCGAAGGGUACCACUUCGACAUAAAAUACUGGAAGGAAGGAUUUUUUUACAUCCACCCGGAAUAUGAGGGAAUCGAGGAUCUGACCAAGAUAGCCCUCGGCCUGCUCAAGAAACGAAAAGUCCUCUUUGAAACCCAGCUGAAUAAAUUCCGAUUCUCUAUGCGCAAUUGGAGGAUUCAGCGCCGGAAGCAGGAAUUAACUCUUCUGGAGAAUGAAUGGUUGUACAAAGAGGAAAGCAAUCACCUGCCCCCGGACUUCGGUCACAGCCACCUUAUCGGCGCCCGUCGACACAUGGUGAUUGAAAAUGCCAAGGAACGCGCAGGCCUGAUCUCGCCCUUUGAAGUUGGGGUUUUGGAAAAGGAACGUGAGGAGAAGAUCGCUCAGCCUUUUGAGUGGGUCGUUAAAGAAAUGACUGCCAUAGACAAAGCUAUCGAGGAUGUUGAGAAGAUUAUUGCCAUGAAGGACUUUUGA